UUUGCACUCCCCAGCCCUCCCCUGCUACCAAGCUCCCUUCCAAAAUUCAAAGCAACUUAAUGCCUUCAAAACAACCGCCCCCAAAACUACAGAGGAAGUCACUUACGAAAGCUGUAAGCUGUUAGUGACACCCUGCUUUAUUUUCCUUCAGACCGUGCAUUGCUAACUGACAUUAAAUUACACAUUAACUGCUGAUUUGUUUAUUGUGUGCCUACUGAGCUAUAAAGGAGUCCUGGUGGUGCAGUAGUUUAAGUGCUCAGCUGUUAACCAAACAGUUGGCAGUUUGAACCCACCAGCUGCUCCACGGGAGAAAGAUGUGGCUAUCUGUGGGGUAGUUUGUUCUACUGUGUCCUGUAGAGUCACUAUGAGUCGGAAUUGACUUGACAGCAGUGGGUUUUGUUUUUGUUUUUGACCGAACUGUAAACUCCUUAAAGGCAGUACUUGGUCAGUUUUGCAGCCAGCUGUAUCCCCACUGCCUAGAAAUGUACCUGGCUAUAGUUAGUUGUGUGUCACUAGGACAAGAAGGGUGUGAACAAAUGACUUACAACCUAAAUAGCUUCUUAUUGGUAAGAAAUGAGUAUUUCUGGAAACAGUGGGCUGGAAAUGGUCCCUUCUUGUAGAUUUUUUUCAAGAGGCUGAAACAUAUCUCUGCCACUACUUGGAGUAACUGCAUAAAAUUGACUUACACAAAAACCAGAAAACAACUGAGGCCCAGAUGAAGUCAACCCAUUGCCAUUGGGUCGUUUCUGACCACAGUGAUGAAGUCAAGGCAGGUGUAAUCUGCUUUGUACUAUGUGGUAUGUGUUGUGUAGGCAGAUGCUUCUCUGUUCUCUGCCCACUUCACCUACCUCACUUUAACUCCCUCCUCACAAUAAUGAGAGUGCAGGUGGUGAAAGAGUACCAGGUGAAUUGCCUGGUGCAUGGAAUGGUCUCUAAGCAAAAUAUGAAGAGCAGAGAGCAGUGGUUUUUGUCCUUAAUGAAGGGUGGUUCCUCUGAAUCUCCCUAAUCUCUAUGCCUCAACUGAGGGCCUGGAAGAUGCAGCCCAGCUUGUCCUUGCAGGAACUGGAAACCAGCAUAUUGCCUUUUCCCAAGCACACACUUUGAUUCCAGGGUUCCUGUGGUUUCUGUGCCCAGUGCAUCUGUCAGGUUUUACAUGAAAAGGAGUGAUUUUUCUAUAGUUACCAAGUUAGGUAGCUCUGAUGCCAACCUGUGAAGCCAGCCUAGGUCUGGCACCUCUCCUUCUCAGCAGCCAGCACUUACUGAGCAUGUCUGCCAGGCACUGUGCUAAGCACAAGGCAGGAUGACAUGCCCAGCAACUACGUUCUUCACACAUUACACCAUGUCAGGGACCUAGGUGCACCUACUAGCGUGGACUCGCAUCACGUUAAUGACAAGGACUAAGAUUACCAAUGUCUCUUGCACACAGCUGCAGUCAUGGUCCCAUCCCUGCUUUUUAAAAUAUUCUUUCUUUAUGGGCUGAUAAAGCAAUGUAGAUAAGAGAGGUCAGCUGAACAUAAAACCUAAGUGAAGAUAAACAAUGUGGGAGUGUUUUUAAAAACUACAACAGAAUACAGCCAGUUUCCAAGCUUGCUUAAUAGGGAUCCUGAAUUGACACGGACAAAUAGUGUUACUCAAUGGUGAGACAAAAGAGUAGGAAUACUGGCUGACAAGUCUGAGUUCUGGUCUUCUUGGCUCUGCCACCCAUUCAUUGGGUAAGCCUCCUACAGCCUUGGCUUCCACAAACCUAAAAAAGGGAAACAAUGUCAUCCACCUCUUAGUGUCAGUAUUGGGUAAGGAUUAAAUAGUGGACAAGAGCCUCUGAGGAAACUCUGAUCAAGGAGGGCGGAGACUAUGUAAAAAUGCAAGCUACCGAUCAUAUCAUUACAGAGACAAAUCGGCUAAAGAAAAUGGAGGAAUGUGGAAAAGAAGUCCACACUUGAGCACAGACGAAAGAUUAACAAACUGUAGCACUUAAGCCUGUGAGAGCUCCAAAUCGUUGUCCCAAAAGCAACCUCAAAGAUGAGGUCAGCCCUCCAAGAUGGGCCACUCUGACAGAAGCAAAUCUGCCAGAUUUAUCAUGUCUCGUGGCCCACCAGUCCUGGAACAGAAGUUUAAAGAUUAAAGAAGCUGAUUGACCAAGAAACCGAGUCGCAGGAAAAGAAGGAGCAGGAAAAGGAGAAGAGGGUAACCGCCCUGAAGGAGGAGCUGACCAAGCUGAAGUCUUUUGCUUUGAUGGUGGUGGACGAACAACAAAGGCUGACAGCACAGCUCGCCCUUCAAAGACAGAAAAUCCAAGACCUGACCACAAGUGCGAAGCAAACACAUGCUAAACUAGCCCUUGCUGAAGCCAGAGCUCAGGAAGAAGAGCAGAAGGCAGCCAGACUAGAGGAAGAACUGCAAACGCAGACCACAGAGUUUCACCAGAACCAAGAAGCAAUUAUGGCGAAGCUCACCAAUGAGGAUGGCCAGAAUCGUCAGCUCAGACAAAAGCUGGCAGCACUCAGUCGGCAAAUCGAUGAGUUAGAAGAGACAAACAGGUCUUUACGAAAAGCAGAAGAAGAGCUGCAAGAUAUUAAAGAAAAAAUCAACAAGGGAGAAUAUGGAAACUCUGGUAUCAUGGCUGAAGUGGAGGAGCUCAGGAAACGUGUGCUAGAAAUGGAAGGGAAGGAUGAAGAACUCAUAAAAAUGGAAGAGCAGUGCAGAGAUCUCAAUAAGAGGCUUGAAAAGGAAACAUCCCAGAGUAAAGACUUUAAACUAGAAGUUGAAAAACUCAGUAAGAGGAUUAUGGCUCUGGAAAAAUUAGAAGAUGCUUUCAACAAAAGCAAAGAAGAAUGUUACUCUCUGAAAUGCAAUUUAGAAAAAGAAAGGGCGACCACAAAGCAGUUGUCUCAAGAACUAGAGAGUUUAAAAGUGAGGAUCAAAGAGCUAGAAGCCAUUGAAAGUCGGCUGGAGAAGACAGAAUUCACCCUAAAAGAGGAUUUAACUAAAUUGAAAACAUUAACUGUGAUGCUUGUAGAUGAACGGAAAACAAUGAGUGAGAAAUUAAAGCAAACUGAAGAUAAAUUACAAGCUGCUGCUUCUCAGCUUCAAGUGGAGCAAAAUAAAGUGACAAUGGUUACUGAGAAGUUAAUUGAGGAAACUAAAAGGGCACUCAGGUCCAAAACUGAUGUGGAAGAAAAGAUGUACAGUGUAACCAAGGAGAGAGAUGAUCUAAAAAACAAGCUGAAAGCAGAAGAAGAGAAAGGAAAUGAUCUCCUGUCAAAAGUUAGCAUGUUGAAAGAUAGGCUUCAAUCACUGGAAGCAAUUGAGAAAGAUUCCUUAAAAAACAAAUUGAAACAAGAUUCUGCUAAGUCCACAACAACAUUACACCAAGAAAACAAUAAGAUUAAAGAGCUCUCUCAAGAAGUAGAAAGACUGAAACUGAAGCUGAAGGACAUGAAAGCCAUUGAGGAUGACCUCAUGAAAACAGAAGAUGAAUAUGAGACUCUAGAACGAAAGUAUGCUAGUGAGCAAGACAAAGCUCAACUUUUAUCUGAAGAGCUGGAACAUGUUAAAAUGGAACUUGCCAAGUACAAAUUAGCAGAAAAGACAGAGUCUAGCCAUGAACAAUGGCUUUUUAAAAGGCUUCAAGAAGAAGAAACUAAGUCAGGACACCUCUCAAGAGAAGUGGACGCAUUAAAAGAGAAAAUUCAUGAAUACAUGGCAACUGAGGACCUAAUAUGUCACCUCCAGGGAGAUUACUCAAUUCUGCAAAAGAAACUUAAUCAACAAGAAAGCAGGAACAAAGAUUUAGGAAGAGAAAUUGAAAACCUCACUAAAGAGUUAGAGAGGUACCGGCAUUUCAGUAAGGGCCUCCGGCCUAGUCUCAACAGAAGAAGAAUCUCUGACCCUCAAGUGUUUUCUAAAGAAGUCCAGACAGAAGCAGUAGACAAUGAACCACCUGAUUACAAGAGUCUCAUUCCUCUGGAACGAGCAGUCAUCAAUGGUCAGUUAUAUGAGGAGAGUGAGGACCAGGAUGAAGAUCCUAAUGACGAGGAGCCAGUGCUGUCCUUCAAAUGCAACUCAUCAACUCCUUGUCCUGUUAACAGGAAGCUAUGGAUUCCUUGGAUGAAAUCCAAGGAGGGCUAUCCUCAGAAUGGAAAAAUACAAACUAAACCCAAUGGCAGCUUUGUGCAACCUGGAGAUCUGGUACUAAGCCACACACCUGGGCAGCCGCUUCAUAUAAAGGUUACUCCAGACCAUGUCCAAAACACAGCCACUCUUGAAAUCACAAGUCCGACCACAGAAAGUCCUCACUCCUACACAAGCACAGCAGUAAUACCGAACUGUGGCACCCCAAAGCAAAGGAUAACCAUCCUCCAAAAUGCCUCCAUAACGCCAGUGAAAUCCAAAAUCUCUACCGAAGGCCUCACAAAUUUAGAGCAAGGCAUGUCCCCAAUUACCAUGGCAACCUUUGCCAGAGCUCAGACCCCAGAGUCUUGUGGUUCUAUAACUCCAGAAAGGACAAUGUCACCUAUUCAGGUUUUGGCUGUGACUGGUUCAGCUAGCUCUCCUGAGCAGGGACGCUCCCCAGAGCCCAUAGAAAUCAGUGCCAAGCACGCGAUUUUCAGAGUCUCUCCAGACCGGCAGUCAUCAUGGCAGUUUCAACGUUCAAAUAGUAAUAGUUCAAGUGUGAUAACUACUGAGGAUAAUAAAAUCCACAUUCACUUAGGAAAUCCUUACAUGCAAGCUGUGGCCAGCCCUGUGAGACCUGCCAGCCCUUCAACACCACCACAGGAUAACCGAACUCAGAGCUUAACUAACGGGGCACUAAACAAAACGACCAAUAAAGUCACCAGCAGUAUUACUAUUACACCAACAGCCACACCUCUUCCUCGACAAUCACAAAUUACAGUAAGUAAUAUAUAUAACUGACUACCCUCACCCUCAUCCAGUCCAUACUGAUAUUCUUGCAAGGAACUCAAUCCUUUUAUAAUCAUCCCUUCAAAUCCCUGAAAAGCCUGACUGAACUUGUACUUUGGGAAGGUUUGUGCAUGAACUAUACAAGAGUAUCUGAAACUAACUAAGUGUUGCCUGCAUAGUCAUAUCAAGUGUGCAUUUACUGUUUAUCUUUUCAUUUACAUACCUGUAUGGAAAAUAUUUAGUCUGCACUUGUAUAAAUACAUCUGUAUGUAUUUCAUUUCCCAUAACUCACAUUAAUUUGAUUGCAACUUGUCUUGGUGAAAUACUUUAACAUUAUAAAACAGUAAAUAAUUUGUUAUUUUUACCAUAGCUUGCUGGAUUUUCUUUUGGUCAUUUAGUUUUGUAUUUUUGCAUGUACAAUAGAAUUUCAUUUCCUGUUCAUAAUGUCUAUUAAUCCUUCCUUCAAACAAACAAACAAACAAAAAAAAAACUGGCCUACUUCCCAUAAACAGUCAACUUUUGACCACAUGCUAGAGGAGGAGGAAGUGGUUCUAAUAAAUCAAAAUUUAUUUUUCUGAUUUCAAUGUGAAGUAUAUGGUAUCUCAAGAGCAAACUUAACUUGAUGCUUGGGAUGUAUCUCAAUAUCCAUGGUGUCCAGCUCAGAGCUUGGUACAUGAUAGGUACUUAGUAAAUAUCUACUGAUAAUUACUGAAUAAAAUAACAUUAAAUACUUUGCUUCUUAUAAGAACAUAUUAGCUGAUGGUGAAAGUAAAAAGCUUGAAAAUAUGACAGGCAGCCUGAGAAAGUACAUCUGGCAAUACAAGUUACUUGACAAUCAAGAGUUGACUGUAUUUCUACCACAGACCAAGCCCCUCAUAAAACAUUUAUGUCUACAUUCAAACCUGGUAUCAGCCACUAUGACAUAAAAAGCUUUUAAACACUCAAAUAUGUUUCAAAGCAAAAAUGUCGUUCCUUUUCCGUCUUCCUGUUUGGUUCCCAAAGUAGUUUGGAUUACUUAAUGUAGGUGAUAUCUACCCUGCUAGUAAGUGCCCUGCGUUCAGAAGAUUUCAACUUAAUGGUAGUUUUUUGUUUUUUUUUUAGCUUUCAACAAGCAAAUAAAAGCCAAAGAUAGUUAUGAACACAAGUAAUAGACAAGCAUAUUGACAAGCAUAUUUUUAAAAAAUUAUACAGUAUGUUUGUUAGUUGAAGGAAAUUGUAUACUGUAAAUUUCUUCAAUUAUUGUUGUGUUAUUAUAUAUGUACUAUAAAUUUAUUAGGUACACAGCACAUAGCACCAGCCUUAGCAUCGUAGAAAUUGCUAUACCUGGCUCCUGGGACCCCCUGGGCAUAACACACACUUAUGUAAGAGAACACCAGCUCUCAGGGGAACAUUUUAAAUUACAAAUCUGGUUCCUGAGUCAUAUUCCAAAAAAGAUGAUUUCAGACAAAGUAGCUCAUCACCAUCUUCCCUUUUCCAACCCCUUAACUGUUAAUUUAGUGUGGUCAAUUUUAUUGCCGAUUAUUGAUUUUAAACACAACUGAUUUAGACACUCAGGCAAACUUGUGAAGACCUUUAAAAGUAAAAGAAAUCUCUCACAAUUACACUGUUUUCCCCUGCAAAAUCAAUUUCAUGAUGGCAAAGCGAAGAUUUGUUGACAGAAACACUUCCAUGGUGAUGAACUGCAACACCAGCCCUGUGGGCUUGCAUCAUCAUUAAAUAAAUUUGGAUGAAAGCUGAAGUUGGUGAUGGAUGAGAAAGCUUCUGUUUAAACAUAUUUAUCUUGGGAAUUGGCAGUGACCCAACUGUAUUACAAAAUACACGAUGGUCUAAGUGUUUUUCAAAACUAUUUUUAUUUUUAAGUCACCUUGGUCUAGAAUUUUAGAAGGAACUACACACUUCAUCUUAUGUCUUUCAGAGUAGACCUUAAUAAUGCUGUUGCAUAAAAUCUUUCUCCAGUUAAUAAUCAAGAGAAGGUACAUGUAAAGUUUUGGAGGGCAGUGAUCAACCGAUCAUAAAAUUAUGAGCAACAGAAACUAGAGAACGAAGUCUUCCUGGUGCUUCCCAACCUUUGUCACAUAAUGGCACAAACAGAAAACAUUUGCACAGCAUUGGGGAAAGGGGAUAAAGUGGCAGAGAUGACUGGCUGACGGACUCCCAUCACCGCUAACCUCUCCUGGCUGCCCCAAGGGCUGGGGGAACUGCUUUCUUGGCACACCUGUAACUAAUAGAGGUUGGGAAGCUCUGGGCUAUUCAUCAACCCACUCAUUUUGUAAGGAUUCAAUUUCCUACUCUUCUGUGAGCCAGAGCAUUUCUCUACAAUAAGGUUAGCACCACAAGUCCUGUGCUCCAUGAUUAUAAUGUACAAAGUCUUGUUUCAUCAUCUGCCUCAGAUCUUAACUAUAAAUAAGCUUCCCAAGUGGUUAAUCAUUACUGGAAAUUUACUGAACCUUCAAGGAUUCCUCUCUUUUGAAGGCUCCUCCACUGGGAGGAUUCCUUCAGUAUAACAAUUCAUAUCAUCAUCAAAAUAAACUUUAGGAGCAAGGUCAGAUUAAUAACUUGUAUGUAGGUUAUUACGAGUGCCACUAAUUAAAGUUCAGGGUAAAGACAGCAUCAUUUCUGAAAAACAUCUUUCCUUUUCAAUAAAAUGACAUAUAACAUGAUACACUCCAGAUUUCUGCCCUUCAAUCUUAAAAAUAACUUCUUACAUACUUUUUUCGGCAUGUGUGUGACUGUGCGUUUGGGAGGUUACAGAAUUUCCUCUACAUUCACAUAUAAUCACAGAAGAGCCUUGAAAAAACCAGGAAGGAGAGAGGGCAUGACACUGGGAAAUCUCCAUAUGAGAUAGAGGCAGCAGCCCGUACUGGUGGAGGCUUUCAUUCUUCGGAGCAGAGGAAAGAAGGCCCAUGAGAGGCCCAUAGAAGACAGAUCGUUUUUAUACACAUCAAUGAUAUAUUCCUCUCAUUGGUCAAAGUUUCAGCUUCAGAACCAAGUUUCAUUCUACUCACUGUUCCACUCUAACUUGUAGAGUUGCAGCAUCCUAUCACAGAUAUGAAUGAUUUUACCACAUUCUUCCUUCCAUCUAGAAGCAAUGGCCAACCCUUCCCCAAGAGAAGGCUACUGCUCCCUAGGGGCACUGGCAAAAAUGAAAUCCUCCUCCUCACUGGAAGAGCUAUAUGCAUUACUAUAGUUGUAUCUUUGCAUAUAAAGGAAGGUCUCUGUACUUGUUCAGGAUGAUGACAGGAUUACAUAACUACUCAGAACAUCUCUACAACUGUAUUACACAAUGGAAAGAUACUGUAUCCUUUGUGGGGUCUUCAUGGCACCAGAAAGACAAAAUUAGGGGCACUGUAAGAUGGUCAUAAAAUGGAUAGAUUAAACUGUUUAGACAUUUGUAGCCCAAGGAUUCUAUGGUCUUUAUUGAAUGAAUUAUGACUCCAAAUAUGUUGUUAGGAGCUUCUUUAUUCUGAAUCUUUACAAACUGAAUCUCCUUUGAAACUUGUUAGACAAAUGCAGGGAAAAAAAAACAAACAAAAAAACAAACUUAUUGCCGUUGAGUCAAUCCCAACUCACAGCAACCCUACAGGACAGAGUAGAACUGCCCCCAUAAGGUUUCCAAGGAGCCGCUGAUGGAUUCAAACUGCUAACCUUUUGGUUAGCAGCCAUAGUGCGCCAAGAGCUUUAAAUUAACCAACACUCCAGUUUCCCUGUACCUUAGUUUCUGUAACUAAUUUUUUUUUCCCUUCAAAAUAAUUAUUUUGCUUUGCAAUUUCAAGCGAAAAGAUAAUCAGGCAAAAAUGCGUGCCCAGAACUUUAAGAUCAGUGUUUCUUAAUGUAGUUUUAUGAGAAUCCCUUGACAUUAUUAACAUGAAGCCCCGUCCAGAGCUAUCAAAUCAGAAGCUCAGGGGUAUAGGACCCCCGGAAUCUGCAUUUAAACAAGCUUCCCUGCUUAGUAUGCACCCAAAAGUUGGAAUUCCACUGUUUUAGAAGUUCCUGUAUUGAUAAACAUAGUCCCAUGCCAUCAAAAUGAAUUACACCUGUCCCAGGAAUUGUGACUAUUCUGCCCUCUAGUGGCUGGCAUGACAAACAGAAGGCUCAUUCCCCAAGUUUUCUUUCUGUUCAAAAGGGAAAACUCAAUAGAAAGUACCAUUUUACUGUGUGGGAAGGUUCCCAGUUCUAUAAUGUAGCAAAGCAUAGGUGCCGGGACCCUUAGCUGAGCUGUAGCAGGCUCUCUGUCACCUACAAGCUCUUCUCCUCUCCCAGAUUUCCAGGCCCUCAAUUUAACCCUACAGCAUUUCUUGGGAAUGGUCCAGAAUAUAUAUUAAAGAGAGCAGCUGGAUGAACCAAAACAAAGAGCUCCAUUCACCUAAGGCCAUAGUGAAGCAAAUGAAAGAAACAGUGAGGAAGACAAGUGAUUUACUAAAGUCCCCAAACCUUAAACCCUCUUUGAAUUCAUUUUCAUUUAAACUCCAAACACUUUCUUCAAGCUAAAUUAAGAAGCUAAACCUUUUGUGCAAAUACAUCAGAACAGGCAUUCCCCCAAAGGCAACGCUAUAGGGUAAAGAAUCCUGAGGGAGGGAGUUCAGCAAGUUAACUGGUCAGCACCUCUAAGUACUUUAUAAUUUGAUAUCAAAUUAACGCCCUUCACAUGGCAGUACUUACAAAUCUGUCAGCAUUCCAUCAGGACACCAUGUUUUAUAUUCACAACGCUGCCAUAAAAAUGUACUCCAGGCUAACCUUUGGCCUUGCAUUCAGUUAUACCAGGAAUAAUCUCUUGUGGUCUCAUUUUAAAAUUUCACUAUCAAAGUUAUUGGUCAAGAUAAAAUUUAUCUGAUUGUUUGAGGCAAUUUUUUUAAAGAUUUAAACUAGUUCUCUUAUUUUAGUGAGUUUUUCGCCCAUAGCCAAACGAUAGCCCUGUAUGAUGUAAUUUUUGUAAGGUUACCUGAGAUCAACCAUCAACUGCCUACAAGUAGAUUCCGACUCAUGGUGACUCCAUGUGCAUCAGAGUAGAAAUGUGCUCUAAAGGGUAUUCUUUCUUUUCUUUUCUUAAAUAAUU